UAGGGCCUGAAGGCGGAAGUAAGACAGACAAUCAACAACUGAACACGGAACAGCGAUUGACGUAUAGAAACAAACAGACUCAGAGGGAUUUCUUAGUUUCGGAUAAUAUAAAAUAAUAUGUCCGUUUUCGGCAAAUUGUUUGGCGGUGGGGGGAAAGGCGGGAAAGGCCCAAAUCCACAAGAAGCAAUCCAGAAACUCCGUGAGACAGAAGAGAUGUUAACCAAGAAACAAGAGUAUUUAGAGCAAAAAAUUGAUGCGGAGCUAUUAACAGCAAAGAAAAACGGCACGAAAAACAAACGAGCUGCUUUACAGGCCCUGAAAAGAAAGAAGCGAUAUGAAAAGCAACUAGCUCAGAUAGAUGGAACUCUCUCCACUAUUGAAUUCCAGCGAGAAGCAUUGGAGAAUGCCAAUACAAACACAGAAGUGCUUAAAAACAUGGGUUUUGCUGCCAAAGCUAUGAAGACAGCCCAUGAAAAUAUGGAUCUUGACAAAGUGGAUGACCUCAUGCAAGACAUCACAGACCAGCAGGAGUUGGCACAGGAGAUUUCUGAUGCCAUUUCACGACCUGUAGGUUUUGGAGAAGACUUUGAUGAGGAUGAGCUCUUGGCUGAAUUGGAGGAGUUGGAACAGGAGGAACUAGACAAGAAUCUGCUGGAAAUUAGUGGCACAGAGGAUGUCCCCUUGCCCAGUGUGCCUUCAAAUCCAUUACCCAAAAAAACAGCUAUCGCCCACAAAAAGAGAGAAGAGGAGGAUGAGGAUGACAUGGAAGAACUCAAGGCAUGGGCCAUGUGAAUUUACCCAGUCUGACAGACUUUCAUUGCUUGUCCUUGUCGGCGUGUGUAGGCAAACCCAUGUACCUUCAGAGGGUUAACACUACAAAACAAAUCUUCUGAGUUACCAUGGCUCUAGCAGUAUGGCUAUAAUAAGUCUAGAAAAACAAGAGUUACAAACAAAAAUGGAUAUGAAGCAGGUUUUUAAAUUAAAUAAGACAAUACAAUCUGAUGACAUAAUAUGUGACGUGACCCUUAAAUAUUUGGCCAUUGUAAGGUAAUGCAUUAAUGUUUCUAAUUUUUGGUUUUUUAUUUGACUUCAGAAACUGGUUGUUUUGAUUUGUCAUGAAAUUAGCAUGUUUGCCAACACACAAGUUUCAUAUUCACUUUCUCUCAUCUCGUCUGAUAUAUUAAAUAUGUUCAGUGCUGUUGUUUGCUUCAAACUUUGAUCUUAAUGUGUUCUGUUAUUAAUGUUAUUCAGCACUUCCAACAACAUAAACAUUUUUACAUCUUGUUGGCAAUACCAUAAUGGUUUGGUAACAAACAAAAAACCCUGGAUUAACUGACAUUAGCUUAAUUAUAUAUAUAUAUAUAUAUAUAUAAUGACUGCCCAUCAUGUAUUGUUUGGUACUGUGUCCGAAUAGUUGCAGAGAAUUACCUAUUUAAUAACAGACUUUUCCCCCUGAGAUAUUUUCUGGUCUGAUUCAUUGAUAUCCUGAGGGUUUCCUCCUGGCAGUAGAUGACUGUAAUUAUUCAAAACAUACAAAAUAAACAAUACUACAUUUUUUUUCCUCCGAAGGGAGCAUAUACUUUUUUGAAAAAUGCUGUAUCUAUUCAGGUUGAGGCAUAUUUGGUGUUUGUGUAUAUUUGAAAAAAAUCAGAGGGUGUUUAUUUGAGAGAUCAUUAAACUUUUGGAUUCCUUUUC